CAACCUGUCCCCCAGUACACAACCUGGCGCACGUUAGCAGAGCUCACCGAGUCCCCAAAACAACGGGUAUGAUGAGUAGUGAACUCCAAUCCAGCAAAGCCAACAAACCCUCCGCCCCUUCUUCCACCUCCCUCGAUGUCCUCCACCGCAAAACCCUAACCCAGUUCCUCUCAAUGGCGCGAAAAUCCUCGCUCCUCAAGCAAUCCCUCGCCACCAUCGUCGGUGUCCUCGUCUUAUACGCCUUCCUCAACACCUUCCUCACUCCCGCCGCCACUUCCAAGCUCGAGAACGCCUUCCCCUCCUUCUCCUCCGUCGCGUCCAAUUCGAUCUCCUCCGACGUGUUUGCUACCGUGGAAAAUCAGCUUAAUUUACCCGGAAAGCCCGUUAAAGUGUACCUCUACGAUCUCCCUAAGCGGUUCACUUACGGAGUUAUCGAGCAUCAUUCGCUGGCUCGCGGUGGCCGGCCCGACGACGACGUUUCGAAGCUCAAGUACCCGGGUCACCAGCACAUGGGUGAGUGGUACCUGUUCCAGGACCUGCUCAAACCCGAAUCGGAACGGGUCGGUUCGCCCGUUGAGAGGGCAUUGGAUCCCGAAGAGGCAGACUUGUUCUACGUGCCGUUCUUCUCGUCAUUGAGCCUGAUUGUUAACCCGGCGCGACCGGCUUCCGGGUCGGAGAAGCCGUUGUACAGCGACGAGGAGAAUCAGGUGGCCUUGAUUGAGUGGCUGGAAUCGCAGGAGUACUGGAAGAGGAACAAUGGCCGAGACCAUGUGAUCAUGGCUUCGGACCCCAAUGCUCUGUACAAAGUGAUUAACAAAGUCAAAAAUUGUGUACUGCUUGUUUGCGAUUUUGGGCGGUUGAAGGAGGACCAAGGAUCGCUUGUGAAGGACGUGAUCGUGCCUUACUCUCACCGCAUCAACACUUACACGGGCGACAUCAGCGUCGAGAAUAGGAACGCCCUAUUGUUCUUCAUGGGAAACCGCUUUCGAAAAGACGGCGGAAAGAUACGUGAUUUACUUUUCCAAUUACUUGAAAAUGAAGAGGAUGUUAUAGUAAAGCAUGGAACCCAAUCCAGAGAGAGUCGACGGGCUGCUACACAUGGGAUGCAUACGUCGAAGUUCUGUUUGAAUCCGGCUGGUGAUACUCCAUCAGCCUGUCGACUUUUUGAUUCUAUAGUUAGUUUGUGUGUGCCUGUGAUAAUCAGUGAUAGCAUUGAGCUUCCAUUCGAAGAUGUUAUAGACUACAGAAAGAUAGCAAUAUUUGUAGAAUCCAAUGCAGCUUUAAAGCCAGGAUUCUUAGUCUCAAUGCUGAGAGGAAUCCCCACUGAGAGAAUUCUGGAGUACCAGACAGAGCUAAACGAGGUGAAGCAUUAUUUUCAAUAUGGAGAACCAAAUGGAACAGUGAAUGAAAUCUGGCGCCAGAUCGCACAGAAGCUCCCCUUUAUCAAAUUGACAAUCAACCGCGAAAGGCGACUUGUCAAGAGGGAUUCAAAUGUGCUAGACUGCUCUUGUCUCUGCUCAAACCAGACCGGGAUUAUAACUAGCCUAUGAUGCCACUUUCAUCGAUGAGAGAGAACUCUCUCUGUCAGUCAUAUGGAUCUUCAUAUAUAGAUCAGAAAGCCUUGGAUCGACCAUUAGCCAUUAAUGAUUCGCUUAUGCAUCUUCGGAAGAGUGAUGAGCAGUCGCUACUUUGUUCUAAGCUGCAGCUUUAUGCGGGUUAUAGCAAGGCUGAAUGACACACGCGGUUCUUUCUUUCACAGAUGGGGGUUUUCGAUACCGGAACCUUGUACAAUUUGUUGUACUUGCAGAUACUGUUGUGGUCAUGAAGAAACAGCGGCUGGAAAUUAAAUUAAAUUACUUGUAACUUGUAAUUCAUUUGUACAUUGGUAGAUAAUAAAAAUCAUGUUUGUUUCA